AUGGAGAUCGCCGAAAAGUGCAAGGGAUUGCCACUUGCAAUUGUUGUUGUAGCUGGAGUCCUAGCAACGAAAGAGCAUGAUAUUAUGGUUUGGAAAAAGUUUGCUGAAAGUUUAACUUCAACCGUGGUGUCUGGUACAGACCAGUGGAAGAAGUCAUUGGAGCUUAGCUAUGAGCAUUUACCAUAUCACUUGAAGGCAUGCUUGCUGUAUUUUGCUGCAUUUCGAGAAGAUGAAAAAAUUGGUGCCAAGAAGUUGAUGCGUCUAUGGAUUGCAGAAGGGUUUGUGGAAAAAAUUGAAGGAGAGAAAUUAGAGGACAUUGCAGAAGAAUAUCUGGUGGACCUAAUUGGCCGAAACCUAGUUAUGGUAGGUAAAAACAGAUCCAUUGGUGGAGUUAAAACUUGUUACAUUCACGAUUUGAUAUUUGAGUUCUGUAAGGGCAAGGCGAAAGAAAAGAAUUUCCUUCAGGUCCUGCGAGGAUAUGAUGAGCUUUCUACCUUUAAUGAGCCUCCCAACCUACCUCGGUUGGCCAUUUGCUCCAGUGGCGAAGAUUUUAUAAAGUCAAAGCCAUUUUGUCCACAUUUAGGUACUCUGCUAUUCUUCAAUGCUACUCCAAGAUAUUUUAAGUUUGACUUGUUUAAUAUCUCCUUCCUUUUUUGCAUCUACAAGCAUCUUAAAGUUUUGAAUUUAGAGGGCAUUAACCUAAGGCAGAAGAAGCUUCCAGCUGAAGUCGAAUCACAUCUUUGUUUGAGGUACUUAUCCCUUGCAUCUCGGAUCAUGGAAUUCACUCCACCAUCUAUAGCCAAGCUCUCACAUUUGGAAACCUUCCAUCUAGAUUCUUACCUGACGGUUUCAUUGCCAGAUAGCAUUUGGAACAUGAAGAAAUUGAGGCAUGUAUGUUUGAGGGGUGGCGUUGUUAUUGGUCUUUCUUCCAAUGACAAUGUCGCUGAAAACCUCUCCACUUUACCCAAUUUAGACACACUCUCUACUCUGUAUCUUUAUCAUGAUAAAGAGGGGGAGAACAUAUUGAGAAGGAUUCCCAACGUUCGCCGACUUCAAAUUUUCAAUCAUGGGGGACAAAAUAGAGUAUGCUGCAACAUGAGUCGACUAGUAUGCCUAGAAUCACUCACCUUAGAUGGCGAUUGCUUCUCAGGUUCGCUGGAACAUGUUGAGCUUUCUUUUCCCAUGAAUUUGAAGAAGUUGAGCCUUUCCAAUCUGGGUCUUCCCUGUGGAAAAAUGUCAUUGAUUGAACAACUACCCAACCUUGAAGUCCUCAAAUUAAGGCAACAGGCAAUGGACGGCCAAAGAUGGGAACUGAAGGAAGGAGGAUUCCCUAAACUCAAGGUCUUGACUUUGUCCAACUUAGACAUUGUGGAGUGGACAGAAGUAGACCCUGACAGUGAUGAUUACUUCCCGUGUCUUCAGCAAUUAAAACUCAGCUUAAUUUUUUAUUUGGAAAUGAUGCCUUCUCGUUUAAGAUUUAUUCCAACUCUUGAAACAAUUCAGGUGAAGGUUUGUGGAGAUGAUGUCGAAUCUUUAGUACGUGAAAUUGAAGAAGUACAGAAAAAUUUUGGAAAUGAGAAUCUGAAAAUCAUCAUCAUAGAUUGA